UCAAACUGAGACACACGCCGCCGCCGCCGCUCAGACCCGUCGCCGCGCGGCAGACGCACGCAUCGCUCCUGCUCGAGGUGUCGGCUCGUGCGCUUUGACUUCUCAGCUGACGGAGUGAGCCGAUAGCGCGCGCGCGCGCCGGGAGAACAGGUGGCACCAGAGGAGAGUUUGGUUAAAAGGGUGGAGGCGCGCGGCUCUCACGCAACAGUCGCGCGAUGCCUGUGGCGGACAGCGACAUGGUGGUGGACAGCAGGCACGAGGGCAGGGCGGCCAGCGGCUCCGGGGAUGAGGGGCUCCUGCCUGCGUCCCUCAGCAGCCCCGCCGCCGACAUCCUCAAGAACUUCUACCACACCAAGAGGGUGGGCAACUACCUGAUCGGGAGGAAGCUCGGGGAGGGCUCCUUCGCCAAAGUUCGAGAGGGUCUCCACGCCAUGACUGGCGAGAAGGUGGCAGUCAAGGUGAUUGACAAGCGGAAGGCCAAGAAGGACUCGUACGUGACCAAGAACCUGAGGAGAGAAGGCCACAUCCAACAGAUGAUCCGUCACCCCAACAUCACGCAGCUCCUGGACAUCCUAGAGACGGAGAACAGCUACUACCUGGUGAUGGAGCUGUGUCCCGGCGGGAACCUCAUGAACCGCAUCUAUGACAAGAAGCGCCUGGAAGAGAGGGAGACGCAGAAGUACAUCCGACAGCUGGUGCUGGCGGUGGAGCAUCUGCACAGAGCUGGAGUGGUGCACAGAGAUCUGAAGAUUGAGAACCUUCUGCUGGAUGAGCAGGACAACAUCAAGCUCAUUGACUUUGGUCUCAGCAACUGCGCCGGCAUCUUGGGAUACUCGGACCCGUUCAGCACCCAGUGUGGCAGUCCGGCGUACGCUGCGCCGGAGCUCCUCUCCAGGAAGAAGUACGGGCCCAAAGUGGACGUUUGGUCCAUAGGAGUGAACAUGUACGCAAUGUUGACCGGCACGCUGCCGUUCACCGUGGAGCCCUUCAGCCUGCGGGCCCUGCACCAGAAGAUGGUGGAUAAGGAGAUGAACCCUCUGCCUCCCUCGCUGUCGACAGCUGCCAUCUGCCUUCUGAAGAAACUCCUGGAGCCAGAUCCGAACAAGCGGCCCAACAUUCAUCAGGUGAUGGCAGAUUCUUGGCUGCAGCUGGCCAAUAAAAACACCGGCGCACCUUACCUCAACAGGAUCCACAUUGAGGAGAUAAACCACACCGUCCUGUUGCACAUGACCGAGAAGAUGGGCUACAAGCACAGCGAGGUGCUGAGCGCGGUGCUGACCAACCGGGCCUGUCACACCUUGGCCGUCUAUUUCCUCCUCAACAAGAAAAUGAAGAGGCUGUCGAAGGAGUACAGAGAGAUGCAGUUCCAGGAGAAGAAGAAAGGAGACAAGCAGAAAAACGAAUACUUCCAGACACAGUGGAGGAAGCACGUGGACAAGCUGACCAUCCCACCCAAGCAGACGCCCGUCUACCUGGCGGUCAGCAAAGGCCCCAGCAAGGAGAAGAAGCACAGGACAGGCCUGUUGCGUGCCAUAACCGGUGGCCAUCGUAACUCGCCGCUGGCGCCGCCCGGCACCGUGGCCUCCUCCUCCAUGGAAUACCUGGAGAUCCAGCCGCUCUUCUCCAACACUCCCCAGCAGAGGAGGCGCUUGGCCACGCUCCCACAGAUGAACUCCAGCCCGGAACACAACAUUCCCGCGCCGCCCGCCCCCUCGCCCAUCGGCAUGCACUCCUUCGGCUCGCUGUCCAAAGCCGAGCAGAUGGACGACACCCCCGCCUCGCCGUGGUACAAGCUGACCAACGGCACCUUGUCCCCCCCUCGCCACGUCUCUGCCUUCCAGCCGGACUCCUCCUACCUGAAGAAGGCCACCAUCCCCAGCCCCCCGGUCCUCAUCCUCAACCCGCAGCCAAAGAAGAGCACUUCGUCGGACUGGUGCGGUUCCGACACCAGCGGCAGCCCGCCCAGUACCAUGGGCAGCCCUCCAGGCACGUCGGCAUUCAGCCCCCCCAAAUCGGCCUUCAGCGCUCUGAACCCCUGCUCCGCCUUCAGCCCGCCCUCCCACAGCAGCGGCAGCAGCGACCCCGAGAGCCCCACGCAGCGCAGCAAGUUCCCCUCCAUGGGGAUGGGACAGGUCCUGAAGAAGAAGGUGCAGCUGCAGCCCUUCAGCUUCCGGCCCGAGCAGGUGGUGGAGGAGGUGGUGUCGCCGCCGCCCUACCCCAUGCAAACCCUGCUGUGUGCUUCAGGGGCGCUCAAGACACUGUGCUGAGAGAGACAGGUUCUGAGUCCCUUUACUGCGACCGAGCCGCCUGCUGUUCAGGACUUGACACUGUACAAUAGAGAGAGAGCUGGGAAAGGCGGCCACGCCAGACUGACCCGCCCCAGCUCCAUCGCCGGCCCUGGCUCCGUCUGUAAAUGUCACGCCGCGGGACGAACCUCACUGCACUAACCUGGAAGAGCCAAACCUGUGGAGACCGAUUCUCUCUACCUCACCGCGUUCUUCACCACUCAACCGUGGGAGCAACGGGUGAAUCUCGGCCGACCCCACCGAUGACUUCGGCUGAGCUGGCAGCACGAAGGUGCCUCGUUCCACUCCGUUUUACCAAGACGAGGAAUGGAAAAAUGGAAAAGCCUUACCAAACGGAAAGACCUCGCCGCAUCACCUGCCGUCCUCUUGUCUUAACGCUGUGCUUUAGUCUCCAGUCUUUACCGUAAUGAGCGGUGUCUUGCCAAGGACCGGUCCAGUGAAAGCUGUAAAUAUCACCUCUUCUCUUCCAAGAAGCCUCUUCGAUGUUGGUACGCGAUGGACUUCCAGUGGCGACGCGGGGCUCGUCUCUUCGUCUAAGUUGCAUGCCACGCCGCGCCGGCUGCUUUUGAAAUGCCGUCUUUGUACCUUUGUUGAGAUUGUGAGUGAGCCGGCCGCGGCUCCUUUUGUACGGUUUUUUUUCAUGGACGGUCUUGUUUGAUUGUCAAGAGAUUUUUAUUGCUGUAUAAAGAAGGUGACA